UUUUUAUUUUAGCUUUUGAUGAGAGAUUGUAGAAAUUAGGGAAGAGACUUUCGCAAGCAAUCUAGAAGCAGCAACUCGAUCUUCAAAUCUCCGUCUUCUUUGCCAGAAUCAUCUGCACCAGAUUCUCCACUACUCCAGGUAAUACUUUGUAUUGAGUUAGAUUUUUAAGAUGGGAGUCAAACUGGCGUGCUAAUGUCAUUGUUUCGGAUUUUUGUUAAUCAGCUUGAAGAAGACGACGAAGAUAUGUCACAGGCUACUUCGAAGAAAGUGAUCACACGUGAAGAAUGGGAGAAGAAACUAAAUGCUGUAAAGCUAAGGAAAGAAGAUAUGAACACUCUUGUGAUGAAUUUUCUUGUGACUGAAGGUUAUGUAGAAGCUGCUGAGAAGUUCCAAAGAGAGUCUGGAACCAAACCAGAGAUAGAUCUUGCGACCAUCACAGAUCGAAUGGCUGUUAAAAAGGCUGUGCAAAACGGAAAUGUCGAGGAUGCGAUUGAGAAAGUUAAUGAUUUGAAUCCUGAGAUACUAGACACGAAUCCCGAGCUGUUUUUUCAUCUUCAGCAGCAAAGGUUGAUAGAACUUAUUCGACAAGGGAGGACAGAAGAGGCCUUGGAGUUUGCUCAGGAGGAACUUGCACCACGUGGUGAAGAAAACCAAGCGUUUCUGGAGGAAUUGGAAAAAACUGUAGCCUUACUUGUUUUUGAAGACGCCUCUACUUGCCCUGUUAAAGAGCUUCUUGACAUUUCCCACCGCCUUAAGACAGCAAGUGAAGUAAAUGCAGCAAUUCUUACAAGCCAGAGCCAUGAAAAAGAUCCCAAACUUCCAAGCUUGUUGAAGAUGCUGAUUUGGGCUCAAAAUCAACUGGAUGAGAAAGCAGUGUAUCCGCACAUAAACGAUUUGUCUACUGGUCAGCUCGAAGACCCGUCAGUAUGAUUCCGCACUCCUUUCAGCAAUUGAAAAAACAGAUGCGAAAAGGAACAGUGAAUGGUGCCAGUCACUUCCCUUCAAUCUCAAUAACUAAGAUUCAUAUGCUUUCUGGUUUCCCUUUUCUUCUGCAUCAACGGGAUUUGUUGGACCUGCAAUCGUUAGGAUAUGUGGAAUGGGGGAACGUAAGCUGUUUCUAGGCAAUGAAUUACUCUUAGUCAAAUGUUCUUAUUGUCAUCAACAUGUUCCAUGACUCAUUGCAUAUGUGCAUUUGAUUUUAUUUAAUGAAGUUAUUGCUCUUGUUUGGA